UACAACACCAAUCCACUGUGCUAAACAAUAAACAAACAGCUACUUGACGUUUAAUUUUCCAUAUAUGAUAUGAUUUCACACCUUUUCCUCAUUGAAAAGAUGUUUAAUUUUCCAUUACAGAUAUGAUUUCACUCAUUUUCUUCAUUGAAAAAUAUGGAAUUGAUUCAGUGUAUUCAAAAUUGUGGAGAUGGCUUUAUAUUUGGAUGCGAAGGUGAAGGUGAACUUCAAGGAAAUAGGGAGAGAGAGAGAUUGGAUUCCUGUAAUGAAAUAGAGAGAGAUUGGAUUGCUGAAAAGAAAUAGAGUCUCAGAGAAACAGAGAAGAACAGAGAUAUUCGAAAAGAGAUUAUAAAGAGGGAGAUGGGAAGCUCGGCAGACGAUGCAUCCCACCAGUUAUCAAUGGCGUUCCCGAGGGUCCUUAUCGUCUCCAGAAGAACGGUUCGGAAGAACAAAUUUGUAGACUUCGUAGGGGAGUAUCAUCUAGACUUAAUUGUUAACUAUGGUGCCGUGCCGGUGAUCGUGCCUAGGGUUUCCGGUGUACAAAGCCUUCUUGAGAGCUUUGAGCCCAUCCAUGGUGUCCUCCUCUGUGAAGGGGAGGACAUCGACCCCUCCCACUAUGAGAUGAUCGAUGGUCCGGACACUCCGGCCCUCUCUGUGGAUGAGCUCCAACAUGUACAGUUUCUGCACUCGUCGGACACGGCCAUCGACCACGAGAAGGACUCGAUAGAGCUACGGCUUGCAAGGCUCUGCGUCGAGCGCAACGUUCCCUACCUUGGUAUCUGCCGCGGUUCACAGGUACUGAACGUGGCGUGCGGGGGUACCCUGUAUCAAGAUGUAGAGAAAGAGCUCGCGAAGAAGGGGGCUCCCGAUGUGAGGCACAUGGACUACGACCACUAUGACGACCACCGCCACGAUGUUAAGGUGGUGCCCAACACACCGCUGCAUGAAUGGUUCAAAGAAUCAUUGGGGGAGGGGAUGGAAAUGAGGGUGAACAGCUAUCACCACCAGGGCGUGAGAAGGCUUGCAGAUAGAUUUGUGCCCAUGGCCUAUGCACCAGAUGGGCUUGUCGAGGCCUUCUAUGACCCAGUCGCACACAAGGAGGGCCACUUCAUAAUGGGCCUGCAAUUCCACCCUGAGAGGAUGCGGUCAGAAUUUGGAAAUGGUGAAUUCGAUUACCCCGGAUGUGCCAAGGCCUAUCAGGAAUUUGUCAAGGCAGUGAUUGCAUAUGAGAAGAAUGCUAGUAAUGGUACGGUACCGAGGCCCCUGCGACUGGACGGGGAGAUGGAGAAGAAGAGGAAGAAGAUUGUUCGUAGCUUCUCUCUCGCUAGGAAUCUCUAUGCUGCAAGGAAUGGGGUGCGAUCCGAUUUAGAAGCAGGAGCCCAAUUCCUUGAGUCUAGUGUAAUGCUGAGCUUGCAGCAAGAGAAGCGCCUGAAACAGAUGGGUGCGACGGUGAGGAAUUCGUCAUGUUUCGUGGAGAGGAUGAAGAAGAUGAAGGAGAUCGAGAACGCAGCGCGGGAAUUGCUGGGGAAAAUGUCUAUAGAUCAACUCUCAGAAUUGCUCACCUUCUACCACAUGAUGGCCAAUAUUUCCUCUGAGCUUUUCGAGAAGAAGCAUAUAACCAUGUGAAGCAUGUAUCAUCUCCUUUUUCUUUCUUUAGAUAUUUGUUUUUGUAUCUCCAGUAAACUGGUGUAUGUUCAUUUGGUUCAAUUCCAACAGCUGAAAGGGGAGGUCAACACCUGCUAUUCAUGAUUGGGUUCUUGUUUUUUUAUUUAUUAUUUGUUAAAGAUAUUAAAGAUGGCUUCGGGUUAUUUUGGUUUUUGUUUUCCUUUAGGGUAAUUAUGUUGUUGUUUUCUGCUGCCCAGAAUUGAAUGAUA